UGUGUUGCGGUUCAGUCAGGUUGCUGUUAGCAUUAGCUUUAGCAUCAGGCCUGUUAGCCGCGCUUCAGUGUUCCGCGUUUAUUUCAUUUCUGCACUAAUUAAGGAUUAAUAAACAUUAAAUCGAACCCUCUGUAGCUCGUUCAGUCAUUAACAUCACUAUCUGUGUGUGUGUGUUUGACCCGAUCUGGCUUUAACAGCUGUGUGUGUGUGUGUGUGUGUGUGAGUGAAAGCUAGCAGCGGCUAUCGAUACACCGCCGUCUCAUUCCACAUUUACAUUUCAUGGAUUUAAGCCUCGAGUUCUGUGAUUCUAAGCUCAUCUGAUCUUCUGACAGAAUCUGUGCGCGUGAAGAUGCUCUAGUCACGUCUGUGUUUGCAUCUGCCUGUGACCUUUGACCCUUGAACCCAAACACUGACCCGUGCCCGGCUGGCGUCCACCGCGCUCCAGAACCAUGUGAGGGCUUGUCAGUGCCUCUCUGAGUGGACUGGAGCACCGCCUGUAACCCCGCCCCAGUUUAUACAAGCCCCGCCCUCCCUCUAGCCCUGCCCCCGACCCUGAAGAAGCUGGCCAUGAUGUUCCGGGACCAAGUGGGGAUUCUGACGGACUGGUUUAAGGGCUGGAACGAGUGUGAGCAGACGGUGGCGCUGCUGUCGCUGCUGAAGCGUGUCUCUCGGACACAGGCCCGGUUCCUGCACAUCUGUCUGGACCACUGGCUGGCCGACUGCACCGAGAUACACAUACUGGAGGCGGAAGCCAACAAUGCAGCCAUCGUCAGUCAGUGGCAGCAGGAGCCGAAGGAGAAGGCCGUGUCGCUCCUGCUCUCCCAUCUGCCCCUGCUGCAGCCACGCAACAGCGAAGCCAAGUGUGAAUACAUGAAGCUGCUGCAGAAGGUCCUGAGCCACACCAUCGAGAGCAGCCUGUUCGUGGAGGAGAGCCGCCAGCUGCUGUCCUACGCACUCAUCCAUCCCGCCACCACCCUUGACGACCGCAACUCUCUGGCCCUGUGGCUCAGUCACCUGGAGGAGCACCUGUCCUCGCGCCCGGCUCCGUACCAUCACGCCCGGCAGGGCUCCGACGAGUGGCCCUGCUCCGCCGAGGCCCUGGAGCCGGCGUACGGACAGAACGGACACAUGGCGUUCCCUGGAUCGGGCGGAGUGACCUCACCUGUCAACAGCAGCACAGGACUGACUGGUCAGGUGCAGCCGAGCCCACUGAAGCCCUCCAUGUCACUCACCCCUGCCAAUCAACCGGCCUGCAGCUCUGAUUGGCUGAGCCAGGAGGAGGGGGGCGUGUCCGGAGCAGAACACGCCCCUCUGUCGCCGCAGAGCAGCGUUGCGUCUUCAGGCAGCGAGCAGACGGAGGAGCAGAGCAACACACGCAACACUUUCCAGGAGGACGGCAGCGGGAUGAGAGAUGUGCCGGCCUGGCUGAAGAGUCUCCGUCUACAUAAAUACGCAUCGCUCUUUUCUCAGAUGACAUAUGAAGAAAUGAUGAUUCUCACAGAGCAGCACCUGGAGUCACAGAACGUGACGAAAGGAGCUCGACAUAAGAUCGCUCUGAGCAUACAGAAGCUCCGAGAACGACAGAGCGUCCUCAAAUCUCUUGAAAAGGAUAUUCUGGAAGGCGGGAACGUUCGGAAUGCUUUACAAGAGCUUCAGCAGAUCAUCAUCACGCCAAUCAAAGUCUAUGCCCCGCCCACUGCUGCCCAGAAGGAGGCGGAGCCUGGAGUCACACCUGUCGAGAAAGCAGCCAAUCCCGGUGAAGAGAAGGAGAGCGAGGGCUUCCAGACCCACAAUCCUCCAGCGUGUGACGGAGAAUCACCGUCUGCACCCAUCGGUGACGGAGACAUCGCAGGACGGUUCACGCGUGUGAGGGGGAAAGUUUGUACGCAGCUGCUGGUGUCCAGACCGGACGAGGAGAACAUCAGCUGUUACCUGCAGCUCAUAGAGAAAUGUCUGACACACGAGGCGUUUACAGAGACGCAGAAGAAGCGGCUGUUGUCAUGGAAACAGCAGGUGCUGAAGUUGCUCCGCCUCUUCCCGCGGAAGACCGUGAUGGACAGCGGUGUUUACCGGAGAGGCUGGCAGCAGUACGGAUCCAACUCUCUGCCCACAGCUGGAUCUGUGAGCGCAGGUUUGGGCCGCCGGGGCCAGAGGCCCUUCCAGAUGCCCCCGCGAGGAGCUCCUCCAGCCGGACGCAUGGGGCUGAUGAGCAGCGGUCUGACCGGGGCAUCGCCGCGACACACGCUCGCUAACCCAACCGCCGUCAGCGCACAGGGCCGACAGAAUCUGUGGUUUGGGAAUCUUGGAGGCAGUAACAGCAUGCCGAGCCAGAGCAGAAGUUCGGUGCAGAGAACUCAUUCACUUCCUGUUCACACGUCUCCUCAGACCAUGCUCCUGUUCCAGCAACAAGAAUGCCAAGUUCCGGGGACGGAUCUGGAGAUCAACCCCACGCUGGAGUCUCUGUGCCUCAGCAUGACAGAGCACGCCUUAGGAGAUGGAAUGGACAGAACGUCGACUAUAUGAGACUCAAGCCGGUGGAAGAACUGAAUGAAGACUGCGCUUCUCGCUCCAGUAGCCCAGCACACACACACAAACAACACGAGUCACUACAGACCACACACAACUAACUGUGUAUACGUUCUCUAAUAUUUUUCUACUUUAUUGUACUUAACUAAGUUUAUUAUAAAGGAAAUACAGAAACUAUUAUAUUGCGUAAGGGAGAGCAGGACGAGCGUCAUUAGCUGGAGGAACGAUGGUGCUUCUGGUCUGAGCGAGACCUUCUGCUGAGCCGCGGUCAGUAGCCGUUUACAUCCACUUCCUGUGCCCAUCUGCCUGCAUGAACUCUCACUCCCACGACGGACUUCCUCCUGUGCUUUUCUGUUUAGACGGCAGGUUUAAAGAGUCGCGCCGGAGAGUUUACGCUGUGUUUAUCUGUUAUGAUGCGUUCUUAUUUCUGUCCAGGUACAAGAGGUUUCUUAGCACUUAUCCGUGAGAUGUUUACCAGUCGUCACUACAGCCGUGAGCGUGUCCUGAGUUUGUAAAUACGCAGGUAUAGGCAAAUCAGAAUAUGACCCGAGAGACUUUAUCCAAAUGAUUUUUAUACGCAGAUCUAUGAAGUAAAGACGCGAGAUCGAGCUGUGCUCGUCUGUUGCUCCGCCCCUCCGUGACUGACAGGGACGUCAGCCAAUGACAGACUCCGCCUCCUACCGACUGAUGCAAAAACCCACCAAUCAGAUUCCAUUUCAUCAUCGUCGUCGUCAGCUUUGAUUUCCUCCUGUCUUCACAGAAUCGCAGCGGUGCUUCUAAACGCCAGGUUUCUGUGGAUUCAUUUGUGGUGUGUUUUCUCUUUGAAUGGUAGAGUCUGUGAAAACCCCAUUCAGCCUUACGGAGCAUCAGAGCGCUGUGUGUGUGUUUUAUACGUCUCUCCGACGCUGCUCUAUGUCUAGUAAAACUGUAUUGACUGAAAAACAGGCUUGUUUGCUUUAUUUGUGUAAUGAUUCAGUCUGUUGCGUCACUGCCAUCUGUUUGUAGAGCUGAAACCGCUCGAGAACACGUCCUGCUCGCAUUACUCUAAAAUCACAAAAAUAAAUACUUUUCAUAAAGAAAAGGAAGCCCGUUUUCUGUAGAAACUUGUUUCUGCCAUGGCAUAAAAAAAUUAAAAGGUAAUUGCAACUUUUUAUCUCACAAUUCUGACUUUUCUCCAGUUUAUAUCUGAGAACAAAAAUCAGAAUUGCGAUAUAUAAACUCCUAAUUGCUUGCAAGUCUAAAUAUAAACUGUGAGCCAGACGGAUCUUCUGCGUUUGGUUCGGCCGAUUCCUGUCGAGAUGGGAGCGUGUCUGUGGACGUUCAUCCGUCUCAGUCGCUCAGGAUCUCAUCACACUAUGCAACCGCUUCGGUGUUUGUCCUCCAUCCCCUUCAUUCAGAGCGCAGCACAGUCUCGUGUGCUUACCAUCAGUGAGCGAGCGACCAGAGUCAGCAGCUGGAGUCUGGUGUUUUAUCUGUGUGUGGAACAGCCUGGCGCUGCUUCACACUGCAGCUCUCUGUCUUAAUCGAUUGCUUCAUUAACGUGGGUCAUAACAGGGUCAGGAACCCUUGGAGGAAACUGAACUUCCUCUGCAUCCAUGUGGGGAAGAGAAGCUUUACUGGAGGGAAUCAUUCCAAAGAUGUGAGCUCUCUGUCCUUCUGUCUUUCUCCCGGUGAGACCUCCGACUGUGAACCUCGGUACAGAUGAAAGGUGCUUGGCAUGAGAUAUUAUUAUUAUUAUUGUUAUUAUUAAUAUUAUUAUUACUGACAUCUGGAGUGAUGGGACUUGUGUGUGUUGCUCUGUUUGGUUGAAUUCUUCUAAUAUCUUUGUCAUGCUUCUUACCUGAAUGGACAUCUGAAUGGUAAUAAAUUGUUCAUGUUUUGCAUUUA